UCGACUCGUCGCGGCCAAGGUCGGCGGACGCAAGGAGGAGGAUCCCCGUCGAAGGUCGGCCAAAGAGAUGAAUUGGCGAACGAUCGUGAGUGAGGCUCCUUGACGUGGUGCGGCAUCCUCUCGCGAAUGACGUCCCGGUUCGCCAAUUCUCGUGAUAGAUUCUCUGUACCUGACGGUGAUAUGACAGUGCGAGUUGAUCGAACGAUUGAGACUGUGUCAGGGGUGGCAGCGCCGAAAUCGGAUGGUUGAGUUUCAUCUUGGAGCACACGUGGCGAUAUUUAAGAAGCAAACAGAACGAAUGACGUCAGCGGGCAACACAAUAGAAAAACAAUUUGCAAACACACGCAUCUCGAACGGGUUGCGUAACAUUCGUACGAAGCAUGUCGACCUUAGGAAUAUCCCAUUACGGAGAUGGUUUUCGAUUGGGCGGGCCACCGUCGGAAUGCUCCCUCAGGAGCAAGGCGCAGAUCGACGCGCUGUUCGAAGACUCCAGAUCGAUCUGCAGCUCGACGUUGGGAGGAUGGUACGCCGGACUGUCGGUCGUCAUCCCGAGCAACCCCAACGACGCGAACGAGGAGCAGAAGAGGGUGAACAGCGCCGUCCAGGCGCGCAUCGAGGCGAUGUUCGCCUCGGUGGAGGCCGAAAGUGGGACGCCCGGUGAAUGUGCCGCCGCAAUUCUGCCGGUAAAAUACAUGGGAGCUGCUCCAGUCGGCGGACGCGUGGCGAGCGUGCGGGGUCUUCAGGAACCUCUUCGUCAGCUAUUGGAACGCAUGGAGGGAUGCGUGAGGGCCGAGCUGGAGGUCUCCCGGCGCGGACUGACGUUCCGCACGAGCGAGGUCUGCGAGAAGAAUAAUCCUUUCCGCAGAAUAGCGGUAUGGAGUGCCCUGCGGCUGCGAUGCAAGAGAACACCGUCGGGCGAUGUGCACCACGCCUUCUUGCCUCUGGUCGGCGAUCAGGACGAGGGACAGACGAUGGAAGACAAGCACGCCGAUCUCUACAGGACAAUGCGCGGUUUGAAAAGCGAAGCGGAAUUCUAUCCCCCGAUCUUCGCCGUGGUGAUGCGACGGCCCGGGGCGGCCAGGCUCUUGGAGUGUCACGCAUUCGCUUGCGAAUCCGAAGAAGACGCAAUAGCGGCCGCGGCCACAUUGUAUCGCGCUCUUCUCGCCGAUCUGGAUGCGAAUCGGCGACGACCUCGUCACACGAACGGCGUCGGCUGCAUCAGUCUGGCCUCCGUUGCCUCCAGCGUCCGCGAGCCCAGUCACAGCAGCAGGAUCAGUUGCCUGUUGCCUCCGCCAUCGAGACCGACCGCGCCGCAUCCUGUCAGACCGCCCAGAACCAAGAAGACUUCCGUGAGCAGCUCUGUCACCGAGGACGAAGGCGGAAAGCCUAGCCAGCAGAAGGUACCGCGUAGGAAGAAGAAGAAUUCCGACGUGAAGGCGGAGGACAUUCUCGAGGCGCGCGGCAGAAGACGCGACAAUGUCAAAGUCGAAAAGUGCAACCUGGGACAGAACAAUCGUGACAUCGUGUUGUCCAGAAACGAGGAGCUGCAAAAUUCGAAGAACAAGAUGUUUUCCGCUAAGGACCAGAAUUCUUUAAGGAUCGAAAUAGAGUCUAAUAAGUCAGAUAAAAUUUACCACGCUCGUGAUAACGAUACGGACGGAAUUUACGAGAGACAGUCGAACAAGUACGAAAAACUGUAUAAACGGAACAAUACGAGACGGGACAUGAAAGAUGACAUUUACGAAAGAAAUUACGGCUCGUACGAUUUGAAUCGAGCGAAUUGCGCUGGGAAUUGCGAAUUAUACUCCUCCGGAACUGACAGCGUUCUGAUAUACGAGAAGGUCAAUAAGACCGGGAGAAACGAGAUGAGCUCCAUUUACGAGCAACCCGGCAGGAAGAAGGAAAAUGUCUACGGUUCGCGUAUCGAAGACGCUGAUAAAAUCUACAGUCUCAAGAAGGAGGACAUUUACGCGGGCAAGAACAACAGAAACAGUCAGGCGAGAAGAUGUCAAGAAGACAUCUUCUUCGCGAAGAACUUGAAAAAUAAUGGACACUAUCAGUCACAUCACGAACAUUCAGACGGCACGAUAAACCAGCAGAGACGCUCGAGGGACCCGGAGAGAGCGUACUCCGGCAAAAGAGUCAGCCGAGUCGUCACCAUGGACAAACCGUUGAGGAAAGAGGAUCCUGGUUAUUCGCUGAGCAUGCCGGAGUACAGUCAUCCUCGGGUGAGAAGAAGAAGCAGAGCGGGCAGCGAGCCGCCCGUUAGCCAUUCGGAGAACGCGAACAGGAUCCUGCAGGAGAACGCGCUGAAGAGAUCGCAGAGCGACGUGGACGUGGACAGAGGGGACCUGAUGACGAGGGUCGAGCUACCUAGGAGAGGCAGUUUCCUGACUUCCAGAAGCACUCGGAGAACCAAUAACGUCAAAGGGGGCACUCCGCUCGGAUUCACGGAGCUGUUUGACGAGUUUAGGAAUCAGGAGGGUCUGACCAGCGUGGACGACAUUUUGGCAGCCAUUAUAGAUCCGGAGGGUAUGUCAUUUAACGAUCUGAAGCCGCUCUACAAGGAGUUCUUACUGAAACUGGCCGCGACCUUGACGCAAGAUGAAUUGUAUCAACGAUCCGCCAGUAUCAUGAGAAGACGACGGAGGCCACAAAGACGAAGAUCGAGCCGUCGAUCUUGUUUAUUGGGCAGAGCUAUAAAGAGGUCGGUCUCGAGACUGAAAGGUGGUCCCACAGAAUUUACCUCCGUGAUAUUCCCGGCAAGAAGAUUAAACGAUAGCUUCGGCAGUAGUUCGUCAUGCGACGUCAGGAAUAAUCAUCGGAACCGAGUGCUGGCGAGCAGACUCGGUAGGAGAAAAUCCUCGCGGAGGACAAGCAAGAACGGGAUGUGCCACACGACUUCGGAAGACAGCGAUACAUGUAGACGAUUGAGUCGCAGCAUGGGUGCCACCGCGAACAGGAGCAGCAGCGGAUACGUGAGCUGCAGCGAAUGCAGCUACGACUCCGAGUCGUGUACGUGCGUGUCGGCGGAUAAGUGUUACUGCUCGUUGUCCAGGAGAGUACAGGCUACGCCUGUCUCAGGAAACACGGUCGUUUGCGCUUGCGACACGGACAGUUGCUCCGAGAGCAACAAGUGUUACUGCGCGAGGAAACCGAUACAGCCGACUAUACUGGAGCAACUCAGGCAGAAGGGAAUCGUGCCGGCGGAGAGCACGCUCAGCAGAGGAGACAGUCCUGAGAGGAUCAGAGGUUCGAGACUCACCAGUAGUCACAGUUCAUCACGCAACACCGAUUGCCUCAAGACUCGAUCGUCGCCAGUUUGCGGCAGUUCGGAUAACUUGGCCUUGGAUUACGAUCUCUUCAGCCCAGGGAGAAGAUCUCAGCAGUCGUCCGGCAGCGAGAAAGUCCUCGUGGUUAGCGCCAGAGAUACUCAGGGCCGUUUGGUUUACGUCGGUGGCGCGGAACGGGACAAGAAGUAUUCCUCCCGCGGUAGCGGGAGAUCCGGAGCGCAUCACGAAGCGCUCUCCAUAAAAAAAAGCGCCGAGAUCGCCGCGGUUUUCGGCGCGGGUGAGAACAAUCGUAUUUCGAGAAGGGCUAGUAACGCGUCAAGUACAAGAAGUUCGAUCAGUCUCGAAGCUGGAUUGGGCUACUUACCUUGAUGGAAGUCCAAAAUUAUCUUUAACAGUACUUUCGCAUAUUUAGUAUUUAAUAUUAUUAUAUACGUGUUCGUGUAAUACCUUGCCAUUCGCGUUAUGAUCGAUAAAGGAUCGUUCACGAACAUAUCGUGAUUCAAUUAGUCGUUUCUCGAUAAAUAACAUGCAACUACUUAUUUGUACCUGUUUUCAUGUUGAAAGAUUUUAGCGCAUAAGUUACAG